GCGAGAUGUGGUCAAUAGCGCCCCCUUGUUUGUGUGUGGAGAAGCAGCACAGCGGCUAAUGAUAGCAACGAACACCAACGGGGAAAAUAAUUUAAUAUUGUGUUCUCUGACACUCUUACGGUCCAGUAAAAGUUACGAGAGGAGUCAAUUUUUUCUGUUCUUUGUUACAUUUUCACUGAGACUGGAGGAAUCUUUUUAAUCCCGUGAACGGGGACGCGGCCUGCUUAUGUAGCCGGCUUCCCGGUGCAGCUCAGGCGGCUUGCGCUGUCAGGAAAGCCCGGUGCUUCCGCUCGCUUGUUUUUCUCUGCCGCGACAGAACCGGCGAAGCUUUUUAAUUAUUUUUACUGCUGUUGUUUUUAUACCAGGAAUCUAUCAAUUCACCGCCCCCUCUCGCUAAGCCGUGGGUGCCGGUACUUCUCACCUAAAAAGGACCAUUUAAACCCCGGAGCGGCCUGUUUUGUUUUCGAGCCGCCAUGAAUCUCUGCGAACAAUAACACAACCAUAAAUAACUAGCCUGCUGCCGCCGGGGCUGCACCGCAACUGGAGGGUUUAAUUAAUGCAUCAUGCGCUACAAGCUGUGGACAACACGGGAGGAAAAUGCAUGUGGAUAAUGGAUUCAUAUGUCGGAGCACAUCACAAACCGGAGCACUUUAUGAUGUGAAUUUCGGAGCUGCUGCGAGUUAACCGGGCGAAAGCAGCGUCAAAAGGUGGAGGAAACGGGCUCCAGUCCGGAUUUAGCUGUCUUAUUUUUCAUGUCGUUUGGAAGCAACCGGAGCUGAUGAGGAUAAACCGACAUUAUGUGCAUGGUAGGCCCUUUUAGGAGCUGCUCCUUCUCCCCCGGACCGGGACAUCACGCCAAGGAUGUGACUGGGAAUGUGUAACCGGGAUUUCUCUGCGCUCAGACUGUUAUAUAUGUGGGAUUUACCGACGGAGAACUGACCGAGGUUCCUGCCUCCAUCUAUGCUCUCUCCAAAGCCGCCGGACUCCCUCGACAAAUAUUUUUACCUCACAGAAAGCGGGAGUUGAUCGGGGGUUAAUUUAUCUCUGUGUGGCUUCCUUCCUCUCUUUCUUUUUUCCCUUUCUUUUUCAUGUGUUUUUAACGUACUGAUCCACUUAAACGGACCGAGCCAGCCAGCUGAGAUGAACCCGGUGAAUGCGACCGCUCUCUACGUGUCGGCGAGCCGCUCGGUGCUGCAGUGCGACCCCGGAGAUCCCCGGGAGCUGGCGGAGCUCUGCAAGGUUUUACCGUUUUUCCGCCAGUCCCUGUCCUGCCUGGUCUGUGGUAACCUGCUGCAGGACCCCAUCGCUCCCACCAACUCGUCCUGCCAGCACUACGUCUGCCGCGGCUGCAAAGGUCAGAGGAUGCAGCUGAAGCCGUCCUGCAGCUGGUGCAAGGACUACGCCCGCUUUGAGGAGAACCGCCAGCUCUCGCUGCUCGUCCGCUGCUACAGGAAGCUCUGCCUCUACAUCACGCAGUCGCCGCUGGCGCCGCACCUCGCCAGCGCCGCCAGCGACUCGCCGGACCUGCAGGCCAUUCUGGAGGAGGGGCUGACGCUGGCCGAGAGCGAGCCGGAGUCGGAGGUCGUCUCUGGGUCGUCGUCGUCACCGCUGCCUAGGACUGCGCCAGACGAGGCUUCGCCACCGACGGAGGUGAAAGACGAGGAGCGGGGCGCCACGGUGAACGGGCUCCACGACUGCAACGGCCUGGUGGGCUCGGACUCGCUGCAGCCCGUCGCCGUGGAAACGGGCGGGGGCGUGGCCAAGCAGGAGGGCUUCUCGGAGGAGCUGCCGGUGUGUGUGAGCGUGGCGGCCGGUGGUGGGGCGGGGCUCUGCGACAUCGGGCAUUUUGGGGAGGAGCUGAAGCAUGGCGGGGGGGCUCUGCUGCUCAGCGUGGAGGAAGUGCUCAGGACUCUGGAGACGGACCCUGCCGAGCCCGACUACCCCACCCUGAAUGGGCCGCACCGCCUCGACCCCGCCUGCCUCGUCCUGGACAGCGGCCCCCGCCUGCCCCAUCCCCACCUGUUGCCCCAGCCUUCCGCCGUCGCCCCCCACGUCCCGCCGCGCUGCCACCGCAAGCGCUCCCGCUCGGAAAGCGACAGCGAGAAGGUGCAGCCCCUCAACAUCACCAGCCUCCUGCGGGGGCCCGCACUCCCCGCCCCGCAGCACCACGCCGCCACCGCCAAACACGAGCCCAGGUUCCCCACGACCGCACCCCACCCCCACCUGGCGCCGGUCCCCAACGGUGGCCCCCCAAAGGUCGGCAAGACGGUUCUGGUCCCAAACAAGGCCCUGAAGAAGACCAUGGAGCACCACGGGCCCAACAAGAAGCCGUACGCCAAGGGCCGGCAGGGGGCCCCCAAACCGCGCACCCAGCCCCGCGACAGGGCGCCACCACACCCACACCCCCUCUCUCACCCACCGAGCCCCUCCAAGCCGCUCUACAAGAAACCUGUGGAGAAGAAAGGCUGCAAGUGCGGCAGAGCAACGCAGAAUCCAUCAGUGUUGACCUGCAGGGGGCAGCGUUGUCCCUGCUACUCCAACCGCAAGGUGAGACACAAACUGAGCUCUUAA